UUUCUCUCCUGGGCGGGAGGGAAGGAACUGAGCCGCUGUUGGGUUUGGGGUUUCUCCAGCUAAUGUGGCACAGCACAAGGAGCACAUCUUUCCCACCAAACCCAAAGGCUUGAUUACCUUCAGCCGAGUGCAUCCAAGAGCCUGGGCGAGAAGUAGCGUGAGCCAGCGUGGAAGAACGUGGCAAUUCUCCAAGGCCUUAGCAGCCUUUACCACCAGCUGGCUUUGUGCACUGGGUGCCGCAGUAUAAAUCAUGUUAAUUCCUGAGAUGCUUUUCCGCGACAGCUCCAAAAGGAUGCUCAGGCACUGGUGAGGGGAGAUUUGCCUGCUGGAGGAUGGGGUGCACAGGGCUGGGCUGCCUGGCAGUGCUGGCCGUGCUCUGCGGGGCUCUCGAGGAUGCUCCCAGCAGAGGCAUCAAAUGCGGGGGAGUGCUUUCAGCACCCUCUGGCAAUUUCUCCAGCCCCAACUUCCCGGGGCUGUAUCCCUACGAGACGGAGUGCACGUGGCUCAUCGUGGUGGCCGAGGGCUCCUCCGUCCUGCUGUCCUUCAGCCACUUCGAGCUGGAGUACCAUGACGCCUGCGCCUACGACUACCUCCAGGUCUACAAUGGGGCUGCCCGGGACCGGGGCAACCUUCUGGGCACCUUCUGUGGCCACAGGCCCCCACCACCCUUCUCCUCCGCCUGGCACGUCAUGGCAGUGGUCUUCCGCUCCGACCGGCACGUGGCCAAGCACGGCUUUGCCGCUGCCUACAGGAAAGAUGCCUGCGGUGGGCAGCUGACGGGGCUCUCUGGGGAGAUCACCAGCCCCCGCUACCCCGAGAGCUACCCCAACGAUGCCGAGUGCCGCUGGAGCAUCGGGGGGGCCAGCAGUGGUGGCCCCCUCACCCUGGUGUUUGCUGACUUCCAGAUGGAGGGGGGCCAAGGCUGUGGCUUUGAUUAUGUGGCCCUUUUUGAUGGCCCCACCGUCACUGCCCCCCGCCUGGGACGUUACUGCGGCAGCACCCGCCCGCCCCGCACCAUCUCCUCCACCCCGCACCUCCUCAUCGUCUUCAAGUCGGACUUCAACAUCGGUGGCAGGGGCUUCAAGGCCCAUUUCUACUCGGGUGAGUGCCAGGAGGUGUUCAGCACCAUCAAAGGGAAUUUCUCCAGCCCUCAGUACCCCAACUUCUACCCCAACAACCUCAAGUGCCAGUGGAGCAUCCAGCUACCCCCAGGCUACCGCAUCAAGGUCUUCUUCCUGGACAUGGAGCUGGAGGGCCGGAGCAGCCUGACAGGUGGCUGUGACUAUGAUCACUUGUCUGCCUUUGAUGGUGGCACUGAGAAUGGAUCCCUGCUGGGACGGUGGUGUGGGCGGGAGAGCCUGGCUCCCAUCACCUCCCGCAGCAACCGGCUGCUCCUGGUCCUCCACACUGACCGCAACACGGCCAAGAGGGGCUUCUCCAUCUCCUAUGUGGGAGUUGUGCCCAUGAACGUCAGCUGCACCCGGACAGACUUCCACAUCCAGAUCCCUGUGCAGUCCCUGGCCCAGCUGGAGAGGAGUAGGAUUUAUUUGGGGACCCCCUCCUGUGCAGCCCAGGUGGUUGGCAGGAACUUUAAAAUACACACCAGAUUCGACACCUGUGGCAGUGAAUCCCAGAGACGCAACAACACAUCUGUCAUCGUCAGCACCCUCUACCUCGAUUUUUCAGUGGGAGACCAGGAGGACAUCCACCAGUAUGAGGUGCAGUGUGAGCCAAAGAGGAAGGAAGCCUCAGUGACCCUUAUCACUGGCCCUGAUCCACCCAGGCUCAGCCAGGCAGAAAACCUGGUGGAUGCCCAGCAGCGGGAGGGGGAAGCGAUGGACACCCGUGAAAUCAAGAGCCAGGACACCAGUGACAUCGUCUUCAUCAGCAUCUGCAUCCUGGCUGGACUCCUCAUGGUCAUCGCAGUGGUGGGGCUGGUGCUUCUCUAGGAUGCUCCUUCCAGGCUCCAGGGACUGCAGUCCUGCCUGGGGCAGAAAGGCACCCCAAAAUCCACCCUCACCCCAGGCUGAGCCCUAACACAGCUGCCCAAACAGAGACACAGCUCCCAGGCCCUGAAACUGAGCGUGAACCCAACCUCCACGUUCUCCAAGUGCCUGAAAAAUCUGGGCAAUAGGCAGCCGUUUCCCUUCCCAAUUUGUUUUCCUCUGUCUCAAUCUGUCCAUUUGGCUCAGGAAUGCAAUUCUUGCACUCCCUAACUCUUCCCGCACCUGCUUCAAUUUGUUUUCCCUGUAGUGCUGCUGCUUUCAGGAAGGGAACGUUGUUUGCCGAUGGCUGCAAAUCUUCCUGUCAAUUAUUUCUAGCUGAGUUCUUGGAGGUACAAACCAUCCCCAAAUGUAGCUAUAUUCCCAACAAAUGUUCUCUGUGCUCCCGGCCCGUGCUUGGGGGAGAACUGUGGAGCUGUGUUAUAGGGAUCUCCACCUGGCACACGCAGAUGUAGCUCAUGUAGGUGCUCCCGGGUGAUGUUUCUGGGUAUCUGUGGGUGAUGUGAUGAGAUGCAUUCGCUGUGCCCUGGAGCUCCUCGUUUGAUCUUCUCAUGUUGUCUCACCUUCUUGCAGGACUCAUCUGAGCGCCUCAGCCACCAGCAGCUGGAGGGGAGGAGAAAAAUCCUCUUCUCCUCUGUGUUUUCCUCCUUUACAGCAUAUCCAAGUGUCCAUGGCUGCAAACUUUCUACAGCAUUACUCCUGAAGUCUGAAAAUAUGGGCAAAUCCUGCUAUGGCUUGGGGAGAUGUUGGAGCAUGGAGGUUUUGGUAACCCUGUAAAGACAACCUUGGCAGGAGGGGCUGGCUCCCCUGGGACCUCAGUGACACCAGACCUCCACUCGUGGUUCCUGCAGAAGGUGAGCUCAGCACCUGAGAGCAGGACAAUAAAGAGUCCUGUGAUUGUCUGCCCCUCCAGAAAACUGGGGAUCCUCACCAAGAGCCCUGAUGGAUGGCUGAAUAACCCCUGCCUGCCUCUUUUGCCACCGCAGCACAAAGGACAUUCCCCUUUGGCAUCCAAGAGGGAGUGGCUGUCACAGAGCAGCCUGUGUUCAUCCCUGUGGGUCAGAGCCAGCAUGUGUCAAAGCCACAUGAAAUCUUGCUAUGGAAAGAGGCCACCCCUCCUCCUCCAGCCUGUGUGAAACACACUGCAGUGCAUGGAGAGAUCCUAAAGUGUCCCAGUGUGGUCAUUCAGGGGCACAGCAAACCCCUUGUGCUGCUGAAUCCAGCAUUUAGCAGGGACUGAUAGGAGAGUCCUGUCAGUGAAAGGCUGCCCUGACUGAUGUCCUGCUUCCCUCUGGGAGAAUUCUGUACAUCAGAGCAUCAGAGGAAGCAGCAGCAAAGGAAUAGGAUGAUGAUCGAGCAGCUUUUCCUCCUGGAUUGCACCAGCCCUGAGAGAGUGUCUGGGGAGGGAAGAAGGCACAGAGCUGCGCAUGCCUCCUAAUGAGGAGCCUUCGUUAUCGGAGCCUGGAUUGAUUUGGCGUUUGUUGGUGCAACACAUCGGCAAAUGUGAGAUUUCCGAGGGAAAUAUUUGCCAGCACGGUUAAGCUCCAUUAAGGGAAUGUUUUGAGAGCCUGUUGUGUGCAGAGAUGGUAAACAAGGCCAGCCCCCCCCGCUGCCUGCAAAGCCUCGCUGCUGCUUAAUUGCUGGGUGUAGAACUGUCAGCUUGAGACCAUAGUUACAAGAUUUGACAGCUGAAAGAAACUUAAAGAUAUAAUUAACCUUCUUGGUGGCCCAGAUUUUGCUGAAACAGGUGAGCACUGCGGCUGCUCGUGCCUGGCGGGGAGCCCACAGCACCCAGCAGCAUCCAGCCCUUGCCUGCAGGACAGGCACCUCCUCGCCCAGCUGGAGCCUCCAGAACCCUGUGGUUUGCAGGAAAAAAGGCUUUACUGGAUAGCUGUUGGUGUUGCACUCAAAUAAGGAGUUGGACCUGGUUGCCCCAGGGAGGGUUUCCACUUCUGGCUCCAGUUCACAACCACUCGAGCAUCCCUGGGUGCAGUGCUCGCCUGCACACAUCUCUGCGGAUGCAGGACUGCAGCUGUGGGAGCAGCUCUGCUCCUGAGUCAAGGGGGUCCCCAGCACUCCCAGGCCUGCAGGAGUCAUGGACAGGGUGAUUAAUGCAACUUGAAUGCCUCCAAAAGCCCUUUACCCACUUGUUUCUGAUGGCAUUCACAGCUGCAUCUGCCACCAGCAGUGAGCCACUUGAGCCAGUCAUCCCACUUGGAGCAAGGAAAGCCGCUGGUCCUCACCAAACACCCACUCUCCUCAGCCUCCAAUCAUCCUCUACCAUGUGUCAGCCUCUCCACUAGAUUUAGGGAUCCAAUCUCUCUCUGCCCUGCAGGAAUGGCAUCCUCUGUUAAGCCGGCUGGGGACAGAGCCUAGCAGAGGAGGGGCACUGCCCAGGUAAUUUCCUGAAACAAACCCUUCUUCUCAUGUAAGAGCUGCUCAGAUGAGUGGCGAACAGAUACCAGGAAUCCAUCACCAGCACUCCUUCCCUCCACCAUGCUUGUGGUGCUCACACAUCAGGCCUCUGUUUCCCUCCUUAGCGUUUGCCUGGUGCUUCCCGAGCAAGCGGGAGAGCGGCGGGCACGGGCAGCACUCCCGUUGCUCAUCUGAUUAUUUAUUUAGAGCAUGAUGAUUGGAUUGAGCCGGGCUGGAUGCAGCCACCCCAUUUCCUGGCUUUGCUUAUGGACGUGGAGUCGUGUCUCUCUGGAGCAGACAAAGGCUUGGCUGUUGUGCGGGAGGGAGAGGCUCUGUUAUCCCUCUGCAAACAUCUGCGUGCGAAUCCGGUGAAGAACUGUUGGAAAAUUGUAGAUCAUAGAAAACAGGACUGCAAGAGCCCCCAGGGGAUCAAUUGGUUCAUUCCUCUCCUUCCCUGGGGAAAUCGCUCCUGCUGCAGAGAAGCUGUGCUAAAAUAUCCGAAAAAUCUCAGCCAUGCUCUCUGUGUUUUCUCUAUUUACCAGGAAGGUUUUCCUGAUGUGUCACACUGUGAGGGUGUGCUGCUGCGGGAUGUGCUUUUGUGCUGCUGCACUGGACAAGACAAUGAUGAUGGAAGUGCCCCAAAAUGAGCACUGCUGCUGGCACAAGCUCCCUCUUCCCAGAGGCCCUGGGCACUGGGCAGGACCAGGCAUCCCACUGGGGGGCCCAGCAAGCACAGGGUGUCGUGAUCCACCCCUUCCCAGGCGAUUUAUUCUAUGGAAUGUUCACUAUAAAUUUUCUGUGGAGACAC